AACUCCUGUAAAGUGCUAACUUAAGCAGAGUUUUCAUCAUCUUCCUGACGUUCGCUUAUAUAGCAGUACAAAAAGGAAGUUUGAGAUAUGGCAAAGAAUAUUCUCCUUUGCUGCGUCCUCGCCAUCGCAUGCGCCAUAGCGGUGGCCUCUGAUCCUGCACCCUUGCAAGAUUUCUGUGUUGCAGAUCUCAAUAGCCAAGUACUGGUUAAUGGUUUUGCUUGCUUGGACCCCAAGCUUGUGACCGCCGACAACUUCUUGUCCGGGCUCGACAAGCCAGGCAAUGUGUCGAACCCGGAGGGCUCGGCGAUCACCCCAGCCACAGUCGGACAGAUACCAGGGCUCAACACUCUGGGCAUCUCCUUGGUAAGGAUUGACUUUGCCCCGUGGGGUAUCGUCUCCCCCCACACCCACCCCCGUGCCACCGAGAUUUUGGUGGUCAUUGAAGGCACGCUGCUCGUCGGCUUCGUCACGUCCAACCCCGACAACAAGCUGAUCACCAAGGUUCUCCAGAAGGGUGACGUGUUCGUGUUCCCCGAGGGACUCAUUCACUUCCAACAGAAUGUGGGCCCGGGGAAUGCCUUCUCCUUCUCCGGCCUAAGCAGCCAGAACCCGGGUGUGAUUCUGGUUCCAGAUACGGUCUUCGGGUCGACUCCGCACAUCGCCACUGAUGUUCUCGCCAAGGCUUUCCAGGUGGACAAGUCCAUAGUUGACCAGAUUGAAGCGAAAUUCUAGUGAAUGACUUAUGUUCUUGUGUUUAGUUUUCUUGGAGAAGAUGUGACAGAAAUUGUUGGGUUAUAUUAUUUUUAUUGUGUGCCUCUGGCAAAUUAAGAAGAUAUACUUGUAUGCUUUACAAUGUC